AGCCGAAAUAAAAGCAGGCGGUGGAGAAAUGGGUCUCGGGGGCGGGACCUGGGCCCAGCCAGGUAGCUGGUCCCUGUCCCGAAAUGUGAUUAUUGGCCUUGUCGUGGGGGUAAUAGGCCUCAUUGUGAUUCUGGGAAUUGUCCUGGGCGUGACUUUGGGAGGGAAGAAAACCCCAGAUCCAUCUGUGCCCCACAGCACCACUCAGACUCAGUCUCUGCGUUCCUCUCCACAUCCAACUUCGCUUCCAACUCUACCUCCACCUCCACCUCCGACUCCGACUCCGACUCUAUUUUCGACUCCAAGUGCAGUUAAAUGUUCAUCAGGCUGGUUGGAAGUAAACGAGAUGUGCUUCUUUCUUUCUACCGAAACCAAGGACUGGGAGGGGAGCAAAAACUCCUGUAAGGGUAAUCAGGUGACUCUCGCCAAAAUGACCAGCAUGCAAUUGGAAUACCUCAAGACUCAGGUGGGCACCUCUGAUUACUGGAUUGGACUGAGCAAGAAAAGUGAUUCAGACUGGAGAUGGAUUGAUGGCUCAGCACUCAACAACAUGUUCGCCAUCCGGGGAGCUGGGGAUUGUGCCUACUUGGAUUCCAGCAGCGUCAACAGUGCCGGAUGCAGCCAGCCUAGAAGGUGGAUUUGUUCCGGGCCACUUGCAAGUUCCUCAGGCUAAGAAAAUGCUCCAUCGUGGGGCCCUCACAUUAAACGUUGUGGAAGGAUGGUUCUGUCAAGGGGCUUAACACCCACCUCCUUUGGUUCCAGAGACUGUGUUACAGGUCACAACGAAGCAUUUCUGAAAUGACUCUUGUGUCUUCUCCCACGGACCAUCAGCAGUACUUCUCCCUCAGCUCCUCAGCAGGGGCCAUUACUUCCUUCAUUUUCCCCCUCUCCCCCUCCAGAUGCUCCUCCUGACUUUCCCUCAGGGAUCCCCCUACUCCCUGCCCCAGGUCUUUGUACCAGAACUCUACUGGGGACUCAGUUUUUGCAGGCAUGGAAAGCUGCCCCAACCCCUGCUCUUCCUCUCCUUCUGAGGGCCUGUAGCUGCCUGUGCCCGGGGCCAGCCAGGGUACAAGGCUCCCUGGUCAUUUGUGGGGACCCAUUGGUGCCCAUUGACUAGUGAGCAGAAGGCAAUCUGCUACAAGUCAAAACUCACCCUUGCUGGGCAGCAGCGACAUUGGAGAGAGUCGAGGGUG